AUCGGAACAUCCCUAUCUUGUCUUUGUCUUCUUGUCGUUGAUUGUAAGAUUUUCAUCGUUUCAGUCAUGAAUAAAGCAUCUAAAGCUUUCAGAAGAGGCAGCAUAAGGCUUAAAUCAUUUCCCAGUGGACACUAUGACUUGAAUUUGAUAAUAUCCGAUCUGAAGCAAGUGAAAGCAACAGGUAAAGCUUUCAUGGAAGCUCAAGAAACGGCUGUGAAAGACAUAGCUAGAUGGGCUUCUAAAGAGCAAAAUAAAGCAAUCGUUGGAUCUUAUGUACAUCUCCUUAAUCUUCAAAAACUAUGGGCAGAGGCUCAAAUGGAUUUCUUUGAUGAUCUGAACAAGUAUAAGAGCCAAUUUGAUGGUAUCUUGGAAGCCGAGCAAGUUUUAGAUGGAACUAAAAACAGACUCGUGACUCUACAAGAAAAAGAAGUUAAACUCACCAAAGAUUUGAAGAAAAAUUGCUUAAAAAGAACCACGGCUGAAAUAGGAGAGAUCAAAGAGAAAAUUGCAGAAACCACACAGUCCAUUAAAACCACAAAAGCUGAAAUCGCCGAACGUAUUGUUGAAAAUGAAUCUAUGAAAGCUAUCCGGGUGAAAAAAGGAUUAUCGAAGAUGUCAGAAGACAAUGUGAACUUGGCUAAGAAAAUGGAAGUCAUCUUUACUGCUCAAAAACUGAUUGCCGACAGGUUGCCUGAUGCAGAACGGAUGGAUAGGAAUGGAUUACAUAAUAUUCGGCAAGCAGGUGAUGAGGAAGCGAAAUGUAUAGUUAAAAAAGCAGAGGAAAAAGUGAAACAACUGAAGAUGAGGCAUUCUCCAUACCGGGCUGAGGCUCCCAACAGCGAUUCUCCCCCGCCCUACUCUUCAAUCACUUCCACAAAUUUCAGUUACUCUUCGCCCGAAUUACAAAUCUUCUACAG